CAGUUGUGGACAGUGGGUAUUAAAAUAUUUAAAUCUGAGAAUAAAUUUUGUUUAGACAAAUUUGUUUAUGAUUAGUUACAGUUUUAUUAAAUUAGCUACGAUGUCUGUGUUCUACGUACGUGUCUACGAUGUUAGCUCCUAUAGUAAAGUUACAUCAGAUGAGAGAAGAUGAUAUUCUAUCAGGAAGUUUGAUAAAUAUGCUGACUUUGCCUUUGGAUAUAACUUUAUCCUCAAGGAUGUUGAGAAUUUUUAAGAUAAGUUUUCUUGGAAGCCUUUGCACAAAAUGUUACAAAGCCGGCAACAAAAAGGAAAACUCUCAGGAUGGUCAAGAAACUUAAAAAGUCAUCAAAAACUACGAAAAAGCCGUCCGAGCAAGAAAAGUCGGAAUCGUACCGUGUACCGAUCAUCAUAUCUGCUCCACCUCACAUCUCCCCCCACGACAUUCCAGUAAGCAUCGAGCUUCAUGACGACGACAGGUACAUCAAGUCAUCCCCUGAUCUUCAUCCCAUAGAACCCAUUCACCUGCGGCCCCUACACCAUCAUCCCAGAUCAUCUAAGAUGGAAGUCUACCAUGGACCAGUUGCUGUACCAGCCGAUUAUCCCUACGGAAGUGCUGAGCCUCAUCACUAUUAUGAGCCAAAGAACGAAUUGCCAGUAGAGGAUCAUGGAGAUUUGUCGGCCAUACCAGGAGCUCCCGGACUAGAUUAUCCCACUUACUCCCAUCUUCCAGAGACAGGAUUCAAGUGUUUACAGCAUACAUCCACUCCAGGAUUUUAUGCUGACGUAGAGACCAAAUGUCAAAUGUGGCAUUACUGCCAACCAGAUGGCCGACACGAUCGAUUCUUAUGUCCGAAUGGUACCGUUUUUGAUCAACUCACACGAGUCUGCAACUGGUGGUUUAAUGUCUACUGUGACAACUCGUUGUCUUACUACGAUAUUAAUUUCGACCUUUACCGUGAAUCGCCAAGAAUAACACAACCUUCAGAAACUCCGGUUUACUACCACGAGGCCAGACCUUCGCAUCCCGAGAACUCCGUGAUGAUCAGUCCCAACAGCUUUCUCAGGCAUGUGGAAGAAUUCGAGGCUAAAAUAAGACCAGGCGACAGUUACAAAGAAUACAGCCCAUACGACAGCCACAACGCCCCACUACUGUCUGCGGCAACCCGGCAAGAAAAGCGUUAUCCACUCAAGUUGGCACCUUCACCACAGGUCAGGCACGAUCCGGACGUGUCUCCGGACUCCAGCAACGCUCGCACCGUGUCGACACCGGUCGAAAAGCCGUCCCGCAAGAGAGGUCAGAAGAAGAGAGUGCCAAAGCGGAAAAAGCAAUUUCAUUCCACGCAUGUUCCAACCUACAGGGAAGCCAAGGCUACUCCUGCUGCGAGGAGAUAUCGCUUGGUUCGAAGACGGAAGGUGAACAAAAACUAAGUAGAUAGAAAAAAUAAAAUUGAAACGAUCGACAGUCAGUCAUUUGUAUCUGAUAUGGGCCAAUCCACAUGACUUUGACCACCUGGUUACCGUUUUUUGGAAGUUGUACUAUUUUGAAAGAACUUCUUAAGAACAUCAGCCAUUUUAAAAGAUGUGUUCCUGAAGUUUAGUAACUUCAUAAGGACCGUUCUCACUGGAUGCGAUUUUUCUGAAUAAGAACCUGAUUGUGAGUUUUACGCAGGUAAAAAUGAGUCUCCAAUGAGGUUCGCAUUUGCUCCCAAUGAGAAUGGCCCUUAAAACUAUUUUUCCAGUACAGCAGUCACCAUUGAGGUGCUUAUUGAUGCGAUCCAAAUGAAAUUUUAAAAAUUAUGUAAUUAUUACUAGAGCCGGCUUGUAUAAUAUUAGUGGCUAACUUUACAAUUAAUCAAGUAGCCGUAUGAUCCGCUAAAAAUAAUGAAAAUUCAGUGGUCUUACUGGCUCUUGAACUAUGAUGUAAAAUAAUUUAUUUCUGGAAUAUAUUUGAUUUCUUCUACAUCACAUACAAGGGAACUAUAAGGCAUAAAUUGUUAUGCAGUUGAAUGUUUUUCACAAAUAAGAUCUAUUUUUAUACCAUAGUUGUAAUAUAUUUGUCAUUAUUAUAGUAUUUUUAUAUUAACUACAGCAAUUACAUAUAUUUCUAUUUGCGAGUUGUGGUAUUCGAAAAAACCAUGCAUAUUCCGAAUAUACUUUAGAACCAUAUUCGUAAAAAACUUACUCAACUUCCGUUUUAGUGAUAUAAUUUAUGAUCCUAUUUCGUUAAAAAUUGACAAUUGAAAAUGACCGUAAAUGAAAAGAUGUGCUGUCACACACUUUUAAAAAUUACCUAUCAAUGUUUAUUAAAGAGAUUUUUAAUGAACAAAAAUUGCUUCAUUUUCGGGUUUCUUUUUAAAAUGAAAGGCAUGGGUUGAAUACAUAUUUAUUUAAUAAUAGUAACAUGGUAUGUUUAUUUUAUCAGCUGAAACUAUUGUACAUAAAUAGCUAACAUUGUUACUGAAAAAAGGAGCUUUUGUAAAUACUUUUUUUUUUCAAUUGAUCUGUAUUGCUUAAUAAAGUAUACUAUUUUGCUAUACUA